ACUAAAAAAGAAGAACUGCUACGCCGGAAUACAGGAAGCAAUAUAGCUAGGCUACUUGGGUUUUAUCCUUAUCCCAUGUUGGCAUAUACAUACAUUUAGCAGGGAUUAGGAGUCUUUAACAUUAGUAGGUUGGCCAACCUUGGCCAAAAAUAUUCGAACCGUUUUCAGACAGCAGGUAUAUUUUCGGGAUUUGAUAGGCUAAGGAUCUUUGCUACACGAUUUAACACAAUGGCUGCAGCAGCCCAGCUGUUUGAGGAGCCAUUUGAUGCUGAUGAGUACAUUGAAAGACUGGCAUGGAGGACACCAGGAGGGGGAUCCAAAGGAGGAGCAGAGGCAUUUGACCCCAAAAGGUUGCUUGAGGAGUUUGAGAACCACAUAGAAGAGUUGAAGCAGUUAGAUGAAAGAAUACAGCGAAAGGUAGAGAAGCUGGAGCAGCAGUGUCAGCGGGAGGCCAAAGAAUUUGCUCACAAAGUCCAAGACCUUCAAAGGAGCAACCAGGUGGCUUUCCAGCACUUUCAGGAACUUGAUGAACAUAUUAGCUAUGUUGCUACAAAAGUAUGUCACCUUGGUGAUCAACUAGAGGGUGUGAAUACUCCACGUCAGAGGGCAGUGGAAGCUCAAAGGCUUAUGACCUACUUUAAUGAGUUUCUUGAUGGGGACCUUCGAAGUGAUGUCUUCAACAAUCCUGAAAAGAUCAAAGAAGCUGCCGACAUCAUUCAGAAGCUGCAUCUGAUAGCACAGGAAUUGCCAUUUGACAGGUUUGCAGAUGUAAAGGCUAAAAUCGCUAGUAAGUAUCAUGACUUGGAACGGCAGCUAAUUCAGGAGUUCACAAAUGCCCAGCGCAGGGGGGAGAUUGGACGUAUGCGGGAGGUUGCUGCUGUCCUCCUUCACUUUAAGGGGUAUGCACAUUGUGUAGAUGUCUAUAUCAAGCAGUGUCAGGAGGGUGCAUACAUGUGCAAUGACAUUUUUGAUGACACUGCACUUUUAUGUCAGCGUGUCAACAAACAAGUGGGGGAGGUGUUUUGCAGCCCAGAAACAGUGAUGGCAAAACUCAUCCAGAGCAUUUUUGAUAACAAGUUACAGGCUCAUGUAAAGGAGAAGUUAGAUGAGUCUCGGCACUCUGACGUGGAGCAGUAUCUUAAGAACCUAUAUGACCUCUACUCCAGGACAACACUGUUGACAAACAAAUUGGCGGAGUUUAAUCUGGGUUCAGACAAGCACACCUUCCUAUCCAGGCUUAUAAAAAACAUUUUCUCCAUUUACCUGGAGAAUUACAUUGAGAUGGAACGUCAGUACCUACAAAGUCGCAGUGCCAUGAUUCUGCAACGUUAUUACGACUCCAAGAACCAUCAGAAGAGACCACUUGGCACUGGCAGUAUCCAGGAACUGAAGGAACGCAUAAGACAACACACUAACCUACCACUGGGACCAAGUAUUGAUACACAUGGUGAGACCUUCUUGUCACAGGAGGUUGUUGUCAAUUUAUUGCAAGAAACACGUCGUGCCUUUGAAAGGUGCCAUAAGCUCUCAGACCCUGCCGACCUACCUAGGAAUGCCUUCUGUAUCUUUCUACUACUAGUGGAUCACCUUUGUGUGGAUCACAUUGACUAUGCCCUGGAAAUUGGUCUAUCAGCCAUCCCAUCAGCUGAUGCAAAAAAUGCCAACCUAUACUUCCUUGACGUAGUACAACAAGCCAACACUAUCUUCCAUCUCUUUGACAAGCAGUUUAAUGAUCAUCUCAUGCCAUUAAUCAGCUCUUCCCCCAAGCUGACUGAGUGUCUGCACAAGAAGAAAGAGGUUAUAGAGCAAAUGGAGGUUAAGCUGGACAUGGGAAUUGACAGGACACUGAAAUGCAUGGUGGGACAGAUGAAGCACAUCCUGGCAACUGAGCAAAAGAAAACAGACUUCAGACCUGAGGAUGAGAACAAUGUCAUGAUUCAAUAUACCACAGCAUGUUCAAAAGUGUGCGUGUAUGUAAGCUGCCAGGUGGAACGUGUGCGCCGCUCCAUGGAUGGGAAGAAUGUUGACACUGUUCUGGCAGAGCUGGGUGUGCGCUUCCACCGGCUCAUCCAUGAGCAUCUACAGCAGUUCACCUACAGCUCUAUGGGAGGCAUGUUGGCCAUCUGUGACGUUGCUGAAUACCGUCGAUGUGCCAAAGAUUUUAGGGUUCCACUGGUGCUCCAGCUAUUUGAUACACUUCAUGCCCUGUGCAAUCUCCUUGUUGUUGCCCCUGACAACCUCAAACAAGUAUGCUGUGGAGAACAGCUCACCAACCUGGACCGAAACCUUCUCCAUACCUUCGUCCAGCUUAGGGCAGAUUACCGCUCCUCUCGACUGGGACGUCACUUUACUUAGUGUCCAUCAUGACUGGUGUCAUAGUCCCCUUACAAAUGUUUAAACUCCUACAAUUAACACUAAUGAAACACAAUAAAUUGAUAUAUCCAAUAAAUUCAUUGGAUAGAUAAGUCCA